GGAUGCACUGCUGCUGCUCUGCGGCCUCAGCAUGGAAGCCAAGCGGGUGGAGAUUCCCGGCAGCGUGCUGGACGAUCUCUGCAGCCGAUUUAUUUUGCAUAUUCCCAGCGAGGAGAGAGACAAUGCGAUCCGAGUGUGCUUCCAGAUUGAGCUUGCCCACUGGUUUUAUCUGGACUUUUAUAUGCAGAACACACCAGGACUGCCUCCGUGUGGGAUAAGAGACUUUGCCAAGGCCGUCUUCAGUCACUGUCCGUUCUUGCUGCCUCAAGGUGAAGACGUGGAAAAAGUCCUAGAUGAAUGGAAGGAGUACAAGAUGGGGGUGCCAACGUACGGUGCAAUCAUUCUGGAUGAGACACUUGAAAAUGUCCUUCUGGUCCAGGGGUACCUCGCCAAAUCAGGCUGGGGGUUUCCAAAAGGGAAGGUCAACAAAGAGGAGGCCCCUCACGACUGUGCGGCCCGGGAGGUAUUUGAAGAAACUGGCUUUGAUAUCAAAGACUAUAUUUGUAAGGAUGAUUAUAUUGAACUUCGCAUCAAUGACCAGCUUGCUCGUUUGUACAUCAUUCCAGGAAUUCCUAAAGACACAAAAUUUAACCCUAAAACGAGAAGGGAGAUUCGGAACAUUGAGUGGUUCUCCAUUGAGAAGUUGCCCUGUCACAGAAAUGAUAUGACACCGAAGUCCAAACUCGGCUUGGCUCCUAACAAAUUUUUCAUGGCCAUUCCCUUUAUCAGGCCAUUAAGGGACUGGCUUUCUCGACGAUUUGGAGAUUCUUCGGACAGUGACAAUGGGUUCUCUUCAGCUGGUAACACGCCAGCCAAGCCCACUGUGGAAAAACUGAGUCGGACCAGGUUGCGCCCCAGCCAGCAGUUGUUUCCCGAGGGUGUGCCCGGAGACCAGUGGGUGAGGCCCCGGCAGCCGCUGGCGCAGAGGCCACUCAGUGGUCAGCCCGAGCUGUCGGACCUCCUGAAAGCCAAGAAUCCAAAUACGAGGGGAAAUGGCAGAAAACAGUACCAGGACUCGCCUAAUCCCAAGAGAAGGACAAAUGGGACCCAUAGCCAGCUGGCCAAGCAGCAGAACCCCCUGCCGAAAUGUGAAAAGAAACUUCAUCCACGGAAACUUCAGGAUAACUUUGAAGCAGAUGCUGCUGUGUACGACGCGCCCUGCUCCAGCGAAGACCCACCGCUCGAGCACCCUGGGGCUCAGGCCGCGGCCUGCAACGGACACUGCGCGUUCCCCUUCUCCUCCAGAGCCUUCCUGAGCUUCAGGUUCGACCAUAAUGCCAUCAUGAGAGUCCUGGACCCCUGAGAGCCGGCAGGGGAACUGCAGGCUCCGCCAGC